CUCAUUUGCAGAGAGAUUUUUCGCACAAACCAUGCAUCAACUCGUCAUACCCCGGUGACUUACUCGUCCACAUGAUCAGAUGAACGAAAUUUCAUGCAUGAAGCAUCAUCGACCGGACGAUGGAACGAACCAUUACAUCAAAUUAAUUACACCAUGAUGAAUUAAAUCCAUUAAACUUACAGGAAAUAAUAACUUAAUAAUACUAUUAUUAAUUAAUAAAAAAAGGGAAGCUAGAAAUUCAUAUAUUAGUAACAUGAAAUUGCUUGAAGCAACAACAUCGGCAGCAUGCAACCUCCAUCUACCGAUAAUACCCAAAAUACCCCUCCAAGGAAAUGGUGGAAGACUUCACGACCACGACUUCACGCGGUGCCGCUAUCGAUCAGAGACCAAAAUCCAAACCCAUUGGAGGAAAGUCUUCAGAGCAAUUAAUCCACGAAACCCAAAAUCCAAUGGAAUCAUAUACCCAAAACGAAAAGAAAAAGAAAACAGUGAAGUCUUGAGAGAUCCUCUAACUCUGAUAUGCAGAAGUUUUAACAUAAUAGUACUAGAAAACCAAAGAGAAAAACAUCACAGAGCACGGGCCUAUGAAGUACACAAAAUAACCCAAAAAGGAAAAAAAAGAAAAAACCCAUCCAAAAUUAGUGGAACUACAAUUAUUUAAGUAAAUAAUAAUUAAGAUUAAGCUCUCCUCCUAAAUCCCAUGGUCCGCCAAAUUCAAAUUUUUGCAGACUUUAUAUCAAAAACUAAUUCCAGAGCUUCCCAAAUUUGAUGUUCCGUCAAACAUAAGUAAGAAUCAAAUCCAAGACCCAACCAAAAUCUAUCAAUGCUGACAACAAAAAUCGUUACAGUAAACUUACAAGUUCCAACUUUCUUGGAAUCAAACCUUCCAAAAUCCUCUCUGCUCAGGAAAUCAUACAGGAAAGUUUUAACUUGGCACCAACCCAAACUUAAAGGAAAAAAAAAAGAAGGAAAAGAAGGAAAGUGUUGUUAGCCAUAACCAGACUGGUCUGUGAGUCACGAAAUCGAAGAAGGAAGAAAUUGCACCCAACAAUUAGCAAAGGCGCAAGUUAGCGCAUCUAUCACCCACAUUGUAUACCACUCCCACGUAUUCACACAAAACAAAUACUACUGCUCUCUUUCUUUGCUUUCACAAGAUAGAUAACGCCGACCCCGCUUUCCUUUCUCUCUCUCUCUCUCUCUUUCAACCCUCUCAAAAAAAUUUUUCCAGAAAAAAAACUGUCUCUGAUAUAAGAAAAACUUCUUUUUUUUUUUUUAAUUUUAAUAAUGUUUACGAAAAUUUAAUUAAAAAUUAUAUCUUCUCUAUCUUUUUUUUCUCUUUCUCUAUGCUCUGUCGCUGUUAGAGAGAGAGCUUCAUCUAAACAGAUCUCUAUUCCAUCCAAACCCCCAGCACUUCUCGUCUUCUCCUCCAAAUUCUCAUCAGUUUCUCGUUCAGUUUCUCCUCGUCCUUAAUUUCUUGUCUUUAUCUCUUUUCGAUUCCUCCGAUUGUUUCUGAGAAGGAAAAAGGAAAAAAAAAAAAAACAGAAGAAAGGAAAGGUGCAGGUCCAAUUGUUCUCUUUGUUGGUGAAAAUUGAGUUUGCAAUUAGGGUUUAUGGGUGUUUUGGGAAUUAGGUUUUCCAUGUGAAAUCGAGGUUGUUAAGCGUUCCCCAAUUGGAAGAGCGAAUAACUGAGAGUUUUUUUUCUUUUCUUUAUGUCGAUGAGAAGGGAUUGAUUGAUUAGAGAAAAUAUGAUAAUCAAGCGCAACCUUAAAUCCCAAAUGCCGAGUCUAAAACGGUGCAAACUCGGCGACUCGGUUGGUGAAGACGAAGAUAACUCGGGUACAACUCGCAAGAAGCGAAAAAUCAACGGCUAUUAUCCUCUAACGCUCCUUGGAGAGGUAGCCGCCGGCAUAAUUCCGGUCAGCCUCCAUCGUAUUAUCGCGUCUGGCCAGGCCGAGAGGUUCGCGGCUUCAUGGUGCACCGAAGUCUCGUGCACCCCUGGUGAGGUGGAGUCCAAAUCCAAGGGCUCAGAUUCGUCCAAGGCCAAGAAUCGAACGGUGGAGAUUGCUCGGCCACCGCUUGUGAGGACAUCGAGAGGGCGAGUUCAGGUACUUCCUUCACGGUUUAACGAUUCUGUUAUUGAGAAUUGGAAGAAAGAAAGUAAAACUAGCUUGCGUGAUUAUAGUUUCGAGGAUGAUGACGACGAUGAAGAUUUUGAGUGUAAAAAGGAUAAAUUCAGUUUUAAAACACCUAAAACUUGUAAGCAAAACCUAAGAAAUCGACGGAAUGAAGAGAAGAAUGGUUAUAAAGGGAGAAAAUAUGCUACAUUGUGUGAGGAAGAUGAAAGAGAAACCCGGCAUGGUAGGACUUUUGAUAUUAGGAAGUACUCAAGUUCGCUUAGUUCGUUAACGUCAGUACAUGAGCAAUUCGUUGAUGAGGAUGAGAAGUAUGCAAAUGUGGUGGGCAUUGUUGAUUUAACAGCUGAGGAGCAACUUUCGCUGGAGAAUGGUGAGAGGAAAGAUGGGUUGUAUGGACCAGAGGAUUUUUAUUCGGGGGAUAUAGUGUGGGCAAGGCCUGGGAAGAGGGAGCCAUUUUGGCCAGCUAUUGUUAUUGAUCCAAUGACGCAAGCGCCUGAAGUGGUUUUGAGGUCUUGUAUACCUGAGGCUGCUUGUGUGAUGUUCUUCGGGCAUUCUGGGAAUGAGAAUCAAAGGGAUUAUGCAUGGGUCAGGCGGGGCAUGAUUUUCCCAUUUGUAGAUUUUCUGGACAGGUUCCAUGAGCAGCGUGAAUUGAACAGAUGCAAGCCUAGCGAUUUCCAGCUGGCAAUGGAGGAGGCUUUUCUGGCAGAACAAGGGUUUACGGAGAAGUUGAUACAUGACAUAAACAUCGCAGCUGGGAAUCCAACUUAUGACGAAACUGUUCUUAGAUGGGUUCAGGAGGCUACUGGUUCAAACCAGGAUCAGGAUUAUCACCUUCCUAACCAGGGCUUGCUUGGGAAACAUAACGAUACGAGACCCUGUGAAGGCUGUGGCAUGAUCCUCCCAUUUAAAAUGGGAAAGAAAAUGAAAGCAUUAACUCCUGGAGGCCAAUUCUUGUGUAAAACAUGUGCUAGGUUAACUAAAUCAAAACAUUAUUGUGGCAUUUGCAAGAAGAUUUGGAAUCAUUCAGACAGUGGGAGUUGGGUGCGGUGUGAUGGUUGUAAAGUUUGGGUGCAUGCAGAGUGUGACAAAAUUCCCAGCCAUCAUUUUAAGGAUCUGGGGGCCACUGACUAUUACUGUCCUACUUGCAAAGCAAAAUUUAACUUUGAAUUAUCAGAUUCAGAGAAGUGGCAACCAAAAGCUAAAUCAAGCAAGAACAAUGGUCAGUUAGUUCUGCCUAACAAGGUUGUUGUUCUCUGCUGUGGCGUUGAAGGCAUAUAUUACCCAAGCCUCCACUUAGUUGUGUGCAAGUGUGGGUCGUGUGGAUCUGAGAAGCAAGCGCUAAGCGAAUGGGAAAGACACACUGGUUCCCGAGAGAGAAAUUGGAGGAUUAGCGUGAAGGUGAAAGGUUCCAUGCUACCAUUAGAACAAUGGAUGCUUCAGUUGGCGGAGUACCAUGCAAAUGCUACUGCCUGUAGUAAACCUCCUAAACGACCAUCAAUACGAGAGAGGAAGCAGAAGUUGCUUGCGUUUUUGCAGGAAAAAUAUGAACCAGUACAUGCGAAGUGGACAACUGAACGGUGUGCUGUUUGUAGAUGGGUUGAAGAUUGGGACUACAACAAAAUUAUUAUCUGCAACAGAUGUCAGAUUGCUGUGCAUCAAGAAUGUUAUGGUGCAAGAAAUGUACGGGAUUUCACUUCAUGGGUUUGUAAAGCUUGUGAAACACCUGAAGUUACACGGGAAUGUUGCCUUUGUCCGGUCAAAGGAGGUGCUUUGAAGCCCACUGAUGUUGAGACAUUGUGGGUUCAUGUUACUUGUGCUUGGUUUCAACCUGAAGUAUCUUUUGCAAGUGAUGAAAAGAUGGAGCCUGCUCUUGGAAUAUUAAGUAUUCCAUCAAAUUCCUUUGUGAAGAUUUGUGUUAUUUGCAAGCAAAUUCAUGGUUCUUGCACACAAUGUUGUAAGUGUUCCACAUAUUACCAUGCCAUGUGUGCAUCAAGAGCUGGUUACCGCAUGGAGUUGCAUUGCUUGGAGAAAAACGGCAGACAAAUAACAAAAAUGGUGUCAUAUUGUGCUUAUCACCGUGCUCCCAAUCCAGACACUGUUUUAAUCAUACAGACCCCUCUGGGCGUCUUCUCUGCCAAGAGCCUUGUUCAAAAUAAGAAGAAGACUGGGUCAAGGCUAAUUUCAUCAAACAGAAUGAAAGUUGAAGAGGUUCCAACUGUAGAAACUACUAAUGUUGAGCCAUUUUCUGCUGCUAGGUGUCGAGUCUUUAAAAGAUCAAACAAUAAUAGAAAGAGAACUGAAGAGGAAGCCAUUGCCCAUCGAGUAAUAAGACCUAGUCAUCAUCCUUUAAGCACUUUACAGAGUUUGAAUGCGUUCAGAGUAGUGGAGGAGCCUAAAGAUUUUUCAUCUUUCAGGGAACGACUCUACCACUUACAGAGAACUGAAAAUGACCGAGUUUGCUUUGGUAGAUCUGGAAUACAUGGGUGGGGCCUCUUUGCUCGUAGAAAUAUUCAAGAAGGAGAAAUGGUUCUCGAAUACCGUGGGGAACAAGUGAGGCGAAGUAUUGCUGAUCUAAGAGAAGCACGCUACAGAAUAGAAGGAAAAGACUGCUAUGUAAGAGAUCUUUCUUGUACUUGUAUAAUUUGCAAAUGUUUCUUCUUGUUUUUGUUUUUUUUU